AUGCAGCAGCGCAAGGCGCCCAAGGCGUGCGCGGAGGGCGCCACGGAGCAGGAGGCGUCGCCGGCGGCCGUGCUGCCGAGGACCGCCACGGCGCGCGACUUGCUGGAGGCGGAGGAGGCGGAGGACCAGUGCUCCAUGACGCCGCGGAAGAAGAAUAAGAGGAGGCAGCCGGGCGCCGGUGAGAGGCGGUGCAGGCCGGUGGUCAACCUGUUGCUCGUCGCCUUCGUCGUGGCCGUGCUGCUGGCCGUCGUCCUUCUUGUCGACGGCGGCCGCGCUCCCGCGGUCUGGAUCGCCGCUGCCGGAGCCCAGCUGCGUCGAGGUUCCGGUCACGCCUGGUUGCCGUACGCGAGGAACGCGCCGGACAAACUCCUCGGCGGCCUCCUGGCCGACGGGGUCGACGAGAAGACAUGCCGCAGCAGGCACGAGUCCUCCGCGUACCGGCGGAGCACGCCGCGGCGGCCUUCCCCGCACCUCGUCUCGAGGCUGCGACGGCACGAGGAGCUCCAGCGGCGGUGCGGCCCCGGCAGCGACGCGUACGGCCGCGCCGUCCAGCAGCUGAGCGCCGGCAGGAGCGCCGUCGACGCCGAGUGCAAGUACGUCGUCUCCGUCUGCAACCGCGGCCUCGGCAACCGCAUCCUCGCCGCCGCGUCCGCGUUCCUCUACGCGCUGCUCACCGACCGCGUCCUCCUCGUCGACCGGGGCAACGGCAUGGGCGAGCUCUUCUGCGAGCCCUUCCCCGGCGCGACGUGGCUGCUGCCCCCGGACUUCCCGGUGGCGGGCCUCGCCAACAUCACCGUCGACGCCGCCGAGACCUACGGCAACAUGCUCAAGAACAAGGUGCUCACGACGGACUCGACUCACUCGACGCCGAUGCAGGUGCCGGCGUUGGCGUACGCCUACCUUGAGCACGACUACGGCGACGGCGACAAGAGGUUCUUCUGCGACGACGACCAGCGCCUCAUGUCCAACAUCCAGUGGCUGGUGGCGAGGAUGGACACGUACAGCGUGCCGGGGCUGUUCCAGGUCCCGUCCUUCGCGGAGGAGCUCGCCGCGCUCUUCCCGGAGCGCGACGCCGUGUUCCACCACCUCGGCCGGUACCUCUUCCACCCGGCCGACCACGUCUGGGGCCUCGUCUCGCGGUACUACCGCGCCUACCUCGCGCGUGCGGAACAGCUCGUCGGCAUCCAGCUACGCGUCUUCGACAGCGAGCAGGGCAAGUCGCCGCACAUCCUGCGGCAGAUCACGUCGUGCGUGUGGAAGGAGAAGCUGCUCCCGGAGCUCCUCGCCGCCGGCGAGCCGGCCGUCACGCCGGCUCCCGGGGGCGUGUCCAGGACCGUCCUGAUCGCCUCGCUCAGGCCGUGGUUCUACGAGCGCAUCAAGAGCAUGUACUGGGAGCAGCCGACGGCGAGCGGCGAGGACGUGGGCGUGCACCAGCCGAGCCACGAGGAGUACCAGCAGUUCGGCCGGAGGUCGCACGACACCAAGGCGUGGGCCGAGAUGUACCUGCUCAGCCUCUGCGACGUGCUCGUCACCUCCGGCUGGUCCACCUUCGGGUACGUCGCGCAGGGGCUCGCCGGCGUCACGCCGUGGGUCAUGUACCGCCCGCUCAACGUCAGCGAGACGCCCGACCCGCCCUGCGCCCGGGACGUGUCCAUGGAGCCCUGCUUCCACACGCCGCCCAUGUACGACUGCAAGCUCAAACACACGGCGGACACGGCGAGGUCGGUGCCGCAUCUCCGCCGCUGCCAGGACGUGAGAUGGGGCCUAAAGCUUGUUGUUGACCCCAAGUAG